CUGGACGGGGGCACGGAACUGCUGUGGGGUUGACGAAUAAUCAUCUGAGAUGAGGGGGAAAGAUGGGAAUUGUACAUCGAUUGUAGAACUACAGCACAAAAUUUCGAGCAUAUGACUGUUUGUAGCCUCACUACAAAGCGAAUUUUAUAUGAGGACUCCGGGAGGAAGGGCUGUGAUCGCAGUAAGGUAGCGAAUGUAGGGGAGAGCUGGGGAGGGCUGUAGCUGCUGGGGUUUUUCGCAGAAACAACAUGGCUGCGGUCGAGCUCGAAUGGAUCCCAGAAACGCUGUACAACACCGCUAUCUCGGCUGUGGUGGACAAUUACAGUCGGUCAAGAAGGGACAUACGGUCGCUCCCAGAAAAUAUACAGUUUGAUGUCUAUUAUAAGCUGUACCAGCAGGGCCGGCUCUGCCAGCUGGGAGGGGAGUUCUGUGAGCUGGAGGUGUUUGCUAAAGUGCUUCGGGCCUCAGACAAAAGGCAUCUACUGCAUCACUGUUUCCAGGCCCUAAUGGACCAUGGUGUAAAAGUGGCCUCAGUUCUAGCAAACUCCUUCAGCCGCCGCUGCUCCUACAUCGCUGAGUCUGACGCCCACGUCAAAGAGAAGGCCAUCCAGUUCGGCUUCGUGUUGGGUGGCUUCUUGUCUGAUGCUGGCUGGUAUGGAGAUGCAGAGAAAGUUUUCUUGUCGUGCUUGCAGCUGUGCACGCUCCACAGUGAGGUCCUCCACUGUUACCGCGCUGUGGAGUGCUGCGUCAGGCUGCUUCAUGUCCGCAACGGCAACUGUAAGUACCACCUGGGAGAAGAGACCUUCAAGCUUGCUCAGUCUUACAUGGACAAACUAGCCAAACAUGGCCACCAGGCCAACAAGGCGGCGCUGUACGGCGAGCUCUGUGCCUUGCUCUUCGCCAAAAGUCACUACGAUGAGGCAUACAGGUGGUGUAUAGAGGCUAUGAAGGAAAUUACUCCAGGGCUGCCUGUCAAAGUAGUUGUUGAUGUCCUCCGACAAGCCUCCAAGGCCUGUGUUGUGAAGAGGGAGUUCAGAAAAGCAGAGCAGCUGAUCAAACAUGCAGUGUUUCUAGCAAGAGAACAUUUUGGACAGAAGCAUCCCAAGUAUUCCGAUACGCUGCUAGAUUAUGGAUUUUACUUAUUAAAUGUGGACAACAUAUGCCAAUCAGUUGCUAUUUACCAGACAGCGCUGGACAUCCGACAGUCUGUGUUUGGGGGGAAGAACAUCCAUGUUGCCACAGCCCAUGAAGACCUAGCGUACUCCUCAUAUGUCCACCAGUACAGCUCUGGGAAAUUUGACAACGCUCUAUUCCACGCAGAACGUGCCAUAGACAUCAUAACUCAUAUCCUCCCUGAGGACCAUCUUCUGCUGGCCUCCUCUAAGAGAGUCAAAGCCCUGAUCCUGGAGGAAAUCGCCAUCGACUGCCACAAUAAAGAAACAGAAGAGCGUCUCCUGCAGGAAGCUCAUGACCUGCACCUCUCCUCACUACAGCUGGCCAAGAAGGCCUUCGGGGAGUUCAACGUACAGACGGCUAAGCACUACGGCAACCUGGGCCGACUCUACCAGUCAAUGAGGAAGUUUAAGGAGGCCGAGGAGAUGCACAUCAAAGCCAUCCAGAUUAAGGAGCAGCUACUGGGCCACGAGGACUACGAGGUGGCGCUGUCUGUGGGUCACCUGGCCUCCCUCUACAACUAUGACAUGAACCAGUAUGAAGAUGCAGAGAGGCUCUACCUGCGCUCCAUCGCCAUUGGUAAGAAGCUGUUUGGAGAGGGCUACAGUGGGCUAGAGUACGACUACCGAGGCCUGAUCAAACUCUACAACUCAGUGGGGAACUACGAGAAGGUGUUUGAAUACCACAAUGUACUGUCCAACUGGAACCGGCUGAGGGACCGGCAGUUUGCAGUGGCGGACGCUCUGGAGGACGUCAACACCACCCCUCAGCAGACCCAGGAAGUGGUCCAAGCUUUCCUAUUGGCUCAGAGCCUCGGCCCCACUCGGCCUUGUCUUGGCUGAAAUCUUUUUUUCUUUCUUUCUUUCUUUUCUUUCUCCUCGUGAGGUGAAAAAGAGGAAAAAAGGCCAGGUUUUAGUCUGGUAAGAACUCAAAGUAAACCCAAAAUUUAUUAGUAACAUGCAGUCAGAACUCAUUACCGGCUGGUCGGUUGGCUUUGUAGUCACUGUAGCUGUCAGUACACACACACACACACACACACACACACACACACACACACGAUUAAAGGAUUAAAAACAAAGAAAGUAGAGAAGAUGCUUCGACCUCACACCAUCAAAUUGCAGCUUUGGAAAGAAGAUGCUGCUUCUCUCUGAUGGACGACCUCUCAUCUCGUCUCACGCCUUCUUUAUUUGGACUUUUUUUGUAUUUGAACUGGUGAAGCUCUGAAUGCCAUGAAGACUCCUCAUCCCUAACAAAACCAUGGUGACAGUAUCCGGAUCCAUCUGUGGCCUACUGCAGCGCAGAUGGAUAUUUGUGACGUGUGUACAGUAACAGUAAUACAGCAGAUUGUACAUUUGUUUCACUUGAAAGCUUUUUUCUCUCUCGAUGAACUGAACGUGGACUGCUUUUGAAGUGCUUGUUGGAGUGAGAUUACCAGCGGUGGAAUGUGUUAAACCAGUGGGGCUGUUGUUACACAGAACAGGCUUUCAGAGGUCUCGUUUUCAACUUUUCUUUUUUUGUCCAACUCAGUACUGACAGCAGAAUUAAAAUGCCAAUAAUUUAUAUGCAGACGUGUGUUUAUGUAGCCCCUUUGUUGGCUGAGUGAGCCAACAGCUGAACACUAUGUUAACAAAGGAACCGGACAGGAGAGCAAAGAGGAAGGUGCUACAUGUGCAGCGGCUCAGAAGCAUCCCUUUAUUUGUUUAUCUUGGAGCUGCUUGUGUGUGUGUGUGUGUGAGAGUCAGUACACACCGAUUAAACUCUGGGUGCCUAAGUGCUCCACUGAUGACAACCAGCCUUACACCAGCUUGCAGUUAUCUGUCUGUAGACGGACCCAUACUUAAAGUGCUUCAUUAACCCUUAAGGGCACUACAUGGGACCAAAUUUGCAUGUGUGUGUGUUGCUAGCCCGCUAGCUUGUGCAUCAGGCCUUUCCUCUUCCGUGUAUCCUGUCAAAAAUCCCUUUUAGGAAAUUUCCUGCAUCAUUUUUUUAACCGGACCAUCAUAGUGUUUCUGUAAAAUCUCAUCUGUUGUUUCGCUAAAGCGCUGCUGUCGUAACGGACCAAUCAGGACCAGAAAAACACAAGGCCUUUCUUUCUUUUUAACCUUUAGUACUCCUAUUUUUAAAAAACAUGUUUAAAAUGAUCUGUCUUUUGUAGCUUUUCAGCGCCCCCUGUUGGUCAAAUGCUGUAAUGGGGACAUUAAAAUGUGAUUUACUUGACAAGUAAACUCCAGUUCAGGAUAUUUAGGUGACUUUUUGGACCUACGCAGAGUUUUCAGAUGAGUUUAGUCUGUUUUUAAAAGUUAUAAAACAGUAUUUAGAGUUAUCUGUUGGGGUUUUGGAGUGGGAGACAUCCCUGCAGACUGAAUGAAAUUGUCCUGGCUUUCAUUGGACGAGACAGCAGGAACUGUCACAAGCUGACAUCUGUAGCUGUGUAGGGAAAUAACUGAUGAGAUUUUAACAGAACAAAACAAAAGAAAUUAUUUCGGCAUUCAAAUCUGUAACAUUACCAACAAUGUGAUGCCUUGAAUAACUACGCCACUGUUGUUGUUUCCAAAUGAAUGAAGAAAACAAGCUUUGCCUUCAGUGCUGCUGCACUUCUCUCUGGCAGUGAUGUGUUUUGUGGCUUCAGCUGAGGAGGUGCAGCCUUUGAGCUUCAGCUCAAACCCACAUCGGUACAGCAGCCUGCUGGUUCCCUCCUAAUGUGUGUUAUUGAAUUUAUAAAUGCAUAUCUGUCCUAAAACCUGCAUCCGGCUCACAUUUCAGUGGGAAAAACAAGGAUCGACCCUCUAAGAAGAGGAGCAGCUUCCUCCCGCUACGAUCUGAUCUGUGAAAUUCGUUUUUAAAGAAGCCUUCAUGUGAAGUGGUUGUUCCAGCUGAGUGUCAGUUCUUAUUUUUUUACGUUUGCCCAGGGAGUGGUGGGGGUUCCUCUAACAAUGACCCAGAGAAAGCAGCUGGGUGGUGGGAGGAGGAGGACCGCCUCCUGCUUUUUCAUUGUGAUGAAACCUGAAAGGGAAUAGUGUGGUGGUGGUGCUGGAUGAAGUUUACGUGAAGCUGUGAUCUCUGGUCACCCUUUUGGUUUGGGUGAGAUAAUGGACACGAAAUGCAACGAUGGAAUGAUUUCACUAUUGUUACUGCUUCACUGUUAGAUGCAAAAACAUUAAAAAUGUGUAUCAUUGA